UUUACAGGCGCCAUAUUGAUUUUUAUAAUGUUUGGAUAGGUGUGGUUUGGGAUGGAGGUUGUUCAGAGAAAAUUAAGAAAAUGGAAUGACUUUUAAAGUCAAAGCACCCUAUCCAACCUUUCCAUAUGAUGAAUUGGAGUGACCCAGUCAAUGGAGAGGAAGCCAGCAUGACGUAAGACAUUCAUGAAGAAGCCACCAGACUGAGAGUGUGAGGAGGGCCCAGCCUCGGGAGUUUUUGGUGCAGGUGGUUGAGGGCGGGAUAUGAGCACUUGGACCGAGAGAAUGCAACGAAGAGCUGCCACCCUAGGCAAUGUGGUCACCUCCUGUGGCCAUCCUAAUGUCCCUUAUCCUCGCAGGCUCGAGAAUGUGAUGAUUGAUUACAUGGCAAUCAGAGGACAUUGUUAAGGCAUGACACCCUGGAAUAUGAAUGAGUAAGGUCACCCAUAAGUGCCAUUGAAUAUACCAUGGAUAAAAAAGUGAAACAAACUGAAGUAGUGUGAGCAUAUUGGUGUUUCACAAGAAAUUUAAAGGAAACAACAGAGGCGUGUGUUUAAGGGCAAUUUCUGGAUGAAGAUGAUGCUGCAGCGAGUGGGAGCUGGUGGGGACUUGUGGUGCCCUCCCUCAGAUCCACCCAUACCAUGCUCACCAUGCAUUCACCCCUACCCCCCAUAUUGGACAAUUGGCAGGGUGAAGUUUGGUGUAUCGCUGGAACAGGUGUGCAAGAAUGACAUCCCUGGGCCUUUGUUGGUGCUCAUCCUUAAGCUAAACAAAGAGGGACCCACCAAAAAGGACGUCUUUCGUGCCCCAGGUCAUCAGGGAUCCAUGAAAAAAUUGAUACACUUCUUGCAGAAUGGACGUCUUGUUAAUAUUGAUAAUUUCUCGGUUUACACAAUUGCAUCUGUUCUGAAGAAGUUUCUUCGAAAAUUACCAGAGGGAAUCUUUGGGCGUGAGGGUGAGCAAGAGCUAUUUUCCAUUAUUCAGCUAUCAGACACAGAGCAGCAGCGUGACCACAUUCAUCGCCUCAUCACAUCUAUGCCGGCUGUCACACAACAUCUACUUGUUCUGCUCUUUGGCACCUUCAGAGUGAUAGCCAUGAAUGCGAGUAGAGCGCAGACAGGGAUGACUUCAGAGGCCUUAGGUGUGUCGGUUGCGCCCUCCUUUUUCCAGUCAUGCGUGGCAGAUGGCAAAACAGCACGCAUGGAAGAUGUUAUCCGCUUUAAGGCAGAGGUUGAUGUGGCUACUCAGGUUAUGCAGUUUCUCAUCGACAACUUUGGGGUUAGCAACCUGUUUGGCCGGCCAAACUAUGAGUACUAUGCUCGGAUCACUGGCCGCAUUUUGAAAGUAGAGGAAGAUUGGAUAUUUGCAUUUAGAUAUCCACCAGACAGCUUAGUUGCACGCCAGCUCUCACUUGAAGCAGAAAAAACUUGGCUUCAGUAUGAAUCGGAACGCUGGGGUCUUAAGUUCAACCUUGAAGCCAUGGCUGGUCAGGAAGAGUCACAGUCCACCCCAGCACUGAUUCACAUCCCUGAGAGCAGCAGUGGCAUGACAUUUAUUGGAGGCAGCGGCAGUGAGAUUGGGGCCAUAGGUGGAGGUGGAGGGCCAGUUGGUGGCGUACCUGAAAACAAUUUACGUGAAUCUUGCACACGUCUUUCCAUCUCCCUGGAAGAAAAUGGCUUAUACAAAGGUAAUGGGCAGGACAGCAGCAGUGGCAGCUCACAUUCAGCUCUACGUAUGACCUUGGAUGAGCUUCGACAAGUCAACCGCUAUGCUGAGAGUACCAAGAGUCUUUCCUUCCUGCCUCAGGUACAUGAAAGACAGACAGAGCGGAUGCGGACGCGCAGUGAGUGGUUCUUAUCCCAUUCACCGCACACAUCACCCUUAACACCAGUUGAUGUUGAAUGCCAGCCUCUUGCUGUUUAUAUACUACGCUCAGGAUCCAUUAAUAGACCCCCUUCAGGUGGAGGAAGUAGUGAAAAUGUGGGGAUCACAGUUCGACGUUCAUCCAGUAAGGAUAAAGAUCGUAAAUUAGUUCGACGCUCCUCAAGUAAAACAGAUAAAGAAAACGGACAAAAAGGAUCAAGGGGAAGGUCAUCGAGUGCAGAUGUAAAGGCCUCUUCACAUGCUGGAGAUUAUAUGUCUAGCCCAUGUCGGCGAGCUGCCCCACCAGUACCUGACCCAUCUCCUACCCUUACUGAUCAUGACUGUACAGAAACAGACGUCCAAAGAGUGCACGUUUCCCUUACUUAUAAGCCUAGAAUAUGAGACCACGCUAGAUAUGAGUUUAAUAAGGGGGUUUAUCACAUAUAUAUUAAAUCCACCAGGUUCAUAUUUCACCCAAAAAGAAAUAUUUAAGUUCCCUGAGAUAUGCUGGACAUUGGUUUUUAUCUGUGACACAAGCCAUAGGCACUGCCAUGAUACCAUAACCUGGAGAGAAUAAGGCAGCAUCUUAUCUUGAUAUGCACCAAAAUAACUUGAAGUGAGUAUGUCAGUAAUAUUGUUGUGAUUAUAGUACUUUGUGAACUUAAUUGUUAUGAGAAGUGGCAGUGAAUAAUAUGAAUUUUUUUUAACAAAAGUAUAUAAAAGCCAUUCUUCAUCAAAUAUUGCUGGCAAUUUGAGUCAAGCCCACAUUGCCCUCCUGCCAAAGGACUUGUGUAACAUUUAAGUUCUUGAUGACCAAGGUGCUUGAGUUAAGGUGUUGGUGUGUGUCCUAAAGUACAAAUGAGCUUGAGGUUCCCAGGUCAUGAGAUGGACUGGUUGUGAUACAGAGAAACACAUUGUUGGAACUUGCUAGUCAUGCCACCGCCAAAGAGUUUGUAGGAUGAAUUGCAGUGGUUCCAGUCCUUCUUUGAUAGCAUUUACCAUUCACAAAAUAAUAACCAAGUACAAGUAAUCAAGGCUUUAACUGCUGGUACCACCUUUCAAAUGUGAUUCGGCUGUCUCAUGUUACAGCAAGUUUACGAGCAGACAUGACCAUGCCAACAGAAUGACGUGCCUGGCUGUUGUAUUAUUCUUCAAACUUGAGUCCUCAGCAAAGGAUUCUGCAUGUGUACCUGUCUAAUUACUUCUUGCUUCUCAAUGUGCGGGCAUCCACUGGGAAGCAGCACAUUCCAUUGUAAAUGCCACAAAAUUGAAACUCUUUUUUUUGUUAUGUGUCAGCAGGAAAAUAAAGCCUGCUGUAAGACAUUGAAUGCUAUGAAAACAAAAAUGAAGAGAGCUGAUGUUAUUUGGAACUGUAGAUUUUCUGUAUAUUAUUAACAGUCUGUGUAUGCAAACAUUCCGUCUGAAUCUGGAGAUUUAGGUAGAGGAUUUAUUUCCUGUGCAUAUUACUGUGAAUCAAAGAUUUACCACCACCUCUGCACAUAUCCAAUCAUUACCAAAAUAUGCUCAUUUAACACUAAUUUUUAAACACCAUGUAUCUGUAUAAGGAUAAAUAUUAAGCAGAAUGUGGGUAAUUUUGUUUCAAUUGCAAUUGGCUAAAGUUAAUUUAUGCAUUACAAAAUAAUAUACCUUAGUAUCUACAUGAUAUUAAAAAUUAUGUAUAUACAAAUAUGUGUAAAAAUGCUGUGGUACUUAUGUAGCAGAGAUGGUGGUGAAAAGUGGUGUUUGUGUCAUGAUCCAGUGGAGGGACCCCUAGAUAUUAAAGUUACUUCAAGGCUCAAGAGAUACUCUGUAACUGUCUUGCCACAUCUUUCUAGGCAGGAGGUCUUAAUGUAUAUAUUUUCCAUGGGAUAAAUUUUAACAACUGUCCACCAUAAUACAUGAUGCGAACCUCCUCACUGCCAGAGUGGUAAAUGUGUAUGGUCAUUAUUAUUUCAGAAUUUUUUUAGCAUUGAAAUUGAACAGAGAAGUGAUCAGCUUGAUAAACACUGCCAUAAGCAACACCCCAGGGACAUGAAAUGUCAUUUAGUGAAUGUAGGAUGACCAUAUGAUGAUUGAUAAUUUAUAUUACCCUGAAAUUGUUGAUAGCUGGCAGGCCAUGCAAUCAAAAAGCAAGAAAAAAUAACACUUACAUGCAUACAUAAAAACAGACAUACACACACAGACAUGAGUAACUCAGAGU